AUGUGGUGGAUGUUGUUUCCCCGAUGGAUCUGGUUUGUCCUUGGGCACGUCUGCGUUUUGCGCUUGCAUCUUCGGGUCCGGGCAAUGACCGUGUCCAAGGUGGUGUACUCUCACGCCGGGAUGUGCCCCAAUGAGAUGAACCCGAACCUCUGGGUGGACGCGAUGAGUACCUGCAUGCGCGAGUGCCAGUCAGAUCAGGACUGUGAGACAUUUGAGAAGUGCUGUUUAAAUGUGUGUGGAAGCAAGAGCUGUGUGGCUGCCCGCUAUAGGGACAUGAAGGGAAAUAAAGGACCAGUGGGAAUGCCAAAAGAGGCCACCUGCGACAAGUUCAUGUGCACCCAGCAGGGUUCCGAGUGUGACAUCUGGGAUGGGCAGCCAGUGUGCAAGUGCCGUGACCGUUGUGAGCGGGAGCCUCGUUUCACCUGUGCCUCAGAUGGUAUGACCUACUACAACAAGUGCUACAUGGAUGCAGAGGCCUGUUCCAAGGGUGUCACCCUUACUGAGGUCACUUGCCGGUUCCACCUGUUGUGGCCCAACACCAGCCCUCCUCCUGAAGAGACGACUAUGCUUCCUACCACUGUUUACCUGGAAACUACCCCUAUUGACAUCCAAGCUCCUACAGUGAUCAGCAGUCCAGCGCAAAACAUUGUGUUUGUAGGUGAGACAACAAGCUUCCUGUGUGAAGUAACUGGCAAACCCAAACCAGAAAUCACAUGGGAGAAACAAGUGGAGGGAAAAGAUAACAAAGUCAUGAAGUUAAACUACGUACAAGGUAACAUAGUAGUGACUAACAUUGCACAACUUGUCAUCUACAAUGCCCAGCUCCAAGAUGCUGGUGUUUAUACCUGCACUGCUAAAAACUUGGGUGGAUCUACACAGACCCACUUCAUGUUGUCUGUCAUACGUCAGGAUCAAGCGAUGAAUGAGAGUUUGAUGAAUUCCACACGUCUUCCUGCUGAGGAGUGUCUGAAAGCACCUGAUAUGGGUGAUUGUGGAGAGGAAACCAUUAGCUGGUACUAUGAAGCCAAGCGGAACAACUGUUUCACCUUCACCUAUAGCCAGUGUAACAAGAACAGAAACCAUUUUGACACAUACAAGUCAUGCAUGCUAUCCUGUGGAGCAGAACUAGCCGCCCCUUGCUCUCUCCCUAGUGUCCAGGGACCCUGCAAAUCUUAUGAGCCACGGUGGGCAUACAACCAUCUCCUCAAGAAAUGCCAGUCUUUCGUCUAUGGUGGUUGUGGUGGCAAUGAGAACAACUUUGAAAGUAAGGAGGCCUGUGAAGACAUGUGCCCUUUCCCCAAGAACCACAACUGCAAGCUGUGCAAGCCCAAACAGAGGAUGAUUACCAGCUUCUGCAAGAGUGACAUUGUGAUCUUGGGUCGCAUUACAGAACUGACAGAGGACCAAGAUUCAGGCCAUGCACUCAUCACAGUCGAUGAGAUCCUAAAGGAUGAGAAGAUGGGCCUGAAGUUCUUUGGACAGGAGCCUUUGGAAGUGACACUGCUCAACAUAGACUGGAGUUGUCCGUGUCCCAACAUCACUAAUGCUGAGGGCCAGCUGAUUAUCAUGGGGGAGGUGCACAAUGGGAUGGCGGUACUGCAGCCUGACAGCUUUGUGGGAGGCUCCAGCAGCCGCCGCGUUCGCAAGCUCCGUGAAGUCAUCAACAAGAAGGCAUGUGCUUUUCUCAAGGAGACUGGCAACACACAACAGUAA